AUGGCGGUUCUGCAUUUCAAUGCACCUCUGGUGAGUACAAGUGGAACGAUCCUGGAUCUCUGGAGCCCAUACCGGUUUUCCGCUGAUGCGUAUCGGGGGCUGAAAACUUGGCCGCAACAAUCUGCGCGAGAGCUGGGCGGGCAGGGCGGAGCGCUGGAGCGCACGCACACGUAUCGCUCGCACCGCCCCCGCCCCCCGGCCCCGCCGCGCCCAUCCGCUCCUCCGGGCCGCAGGAAUCCGCCCGCACUUAUCUGCCGGCGCGAGCGCGUGCAAGCGCCCUUAGCCGCCACGCGAUAUAAUAUUGCACUUAGUCGCUCGCCCCGGCCACGCCCCGUCCCCGCCUCCGCCUUGGCGCCGGCUCAACGGCGAGGCGGCGCCGCUCGCGAUUUAAACACUAAAUCAGAAUAA